UUCUUGUGGUAACUGGUAUGUCCGUAUAGGUUAAGAAGGACUUCAUUAUGAAAUGUUGGGUGGGAGAUUGCAACCACCACAAGACAAGAGACAGUUGCAGUUUCUUCACAAUCCCCAAUACCCCAUUAAAGCGAAGAAGGAGUUUGUGGAAAUUGAAUAUUGGGUGAGUGUUAUCAACAUGUCUCUCUGUCAACCUGGGCUGCAUUGAAUAAUUCUGGGGGUUUUUCUGUCUGUGUGUUCAAAUUGUACCAAUUAUUUUUAUUUCAGGAACAAGGAGAGCCCUCCAAAAUUUGCUCGAAUUUGCAGCUGCCUUUUUAAAAAAUGGAAACAAGAACGAAGGACCUACUAUUUUUAAGAGACAGCAAAAGGCGGAGUUCAAACAUCUGUGGGUUUCUCCUAAAAUCAAAACAAAGUGAGUGCACAAUGGAGUCAAGCCUGUGCUCAUCUAUUGGGUUUGAAUUUCUUUUAUAUAUUUUUUUUUGUGAAUUGACAGGAAGGUGAAAAGGGCCUUAGACCUCUUUGAAGUUACUGAUGCGGAUGAUCCGCAGUCUAUCCCAUCUCCAUUCACCAGCCCAUCAAAGAAGAUGCGGCUGUCAUUUGAAAUAAAUGAACACACACCUGUCAUCCUAGCAGAGGAACUUGACUCCAGUGAAUUGAGUGGCUGCUUUCUCUUGUCACCUGCUACUCCAGGAGCAAUAGUUGAAACGCCUCCUACAACGGAAGCUGCAAGAGUGGAAUCGCCCCCUCCUCUGUACCCACUGGUUACUCCAGCACCUCCUCCCUCUCCAGUGCAGGACAGGAGCAACGAUGAGGUUUUAAAAUUGCAAGCAGAUUUGGAGGAGGCUCGUCGUAUUAUUUCUCUUCUGUAUCAAAGGAUUUGUGUAGCUGAGGAUGUUCAAGCUCAAUUGAAGGCUGACUUAGAGGCAGAAAAGACAAGAUUGCUUUACCAGUGUAUAUCAGAGAGUGACCGCAAGAUAUGCCAGUAUACAGGACUACCUAACAAGGAAACUUUUAAUUGGUUACUGAAUUGUUUUCCCCAGCCAUUUAACUACUACCAUGGCAAUAAGUCUGUGAUUUCUUUGAGCAAAGAAAAUCAAUUGCUUCUCACACUAAUGAAGUUGAGGCAUAAUUUUACUCAUAGUGUUUUGGCUGAUUGGUUUAAAGUAAGUGAAACAACGGUGACAAAUAUCUUUAGAACAGGGGUGAACGCCUUGCAUACAGUUUUGUUUAAAAUUUGAUGAAGACUGUUCCUUCAAGACACAAAAAUAGAUUGUCUCUCCCAGAAUGUU